GGAGUCUCUGUCCAUGCCUUCUUCUUACGCUUGUCUCUUCGUACUAUUGGGCAUGAGGCGAUCAAGUGCUUCGCGCCAGUCGGCUAUGAGCAGUAGUACCGGUGAGAAGUGCUUCAUGAGUGAAAGAUCACCAAUAGUAUUACGUGAUCCUCUCUCAAUCAGAAACAUGCUGGACUUAUCAAAAACUCUCGUGAUUAAUAACAUAUUUUAAUUAUUUAAAUAAACAUCUCUAUUUUUUAAGUUUUUUUUGUGGCAUUUCUUUUAGAAUUCGUAAUAUAAGUGAUCAGUGUAAGUGAUCUUACGGGAUUUCCAAGAAUUUUUUUUUUUGAAAUGUUCAUAAAGGAUAGUUUUUCUACCAAGAAAUUUUGUAGCAAGAUUUAUGUGUUGUAAUGAUCUUGAAUAAUAAGUUUACAAUUGAACAAGAUCAGUGAAAAAAAACUUGUGAUCGUGCAGUUUUAUUUUAUUUUUUAAAGAAAACAAAACAGUGCAUUUAUGAUUGUAUUCGGAUUACCUAGAAUAAGACUCCUUCCAUUCUGGAUUACCAUAUAGCGGAAAAUUAACUCAACUCCGAAUAUGAUCAAUAUUUAUUCAAGUUAUUUAUAUUGUGAGAGCGACUUGUGUUGAACUUUCAGUCAAAAUCUUCCUUCAGCAACAAAUAAUCUGAUUCAGCAAUUGUGGUGAAGCAUCAAAAUGUUUACCAGAUUUGACGCCAACAAAUCAACGAAAGGUGCCUCAAAGCUCCGUAGGGAUCUCAUCAAUGCAGAGAUUGCCAACUUGCGGGAUCUCCUCCCAUUACCUCAGUCCACGAGACAAAGAUUGUCACAGUUGCAGCUUAUGGCAUUGGUCUGCGUGUAUGUCCGAAAAGCCAAUUAUUUUCAACAAGUGUUCAAGAGACACGAUGUUUCACAUCAUCAAGCACCGACGCCAAAUAUAGGAUUUUCAAAGGCUUUAUCUGGCUUUUUAAUGAUGUUAACACAGAAUGGUAAACUGCUGUAUAUAUCUGACAAUGCUGCAGAAUAUUUAGGACAUUCCAUGGAAGAUCUUCUCAUUCACGGCGAUUCUGUCUAUGACAUAAUCGAUAAGCAAGAUCAUGGAUCUAUUCAGGCCGAGUUGGGGCGCAGCGUGCCAGCGCAGCAGACUGGAUCUCAUCACCCAGCAUCGCCCUCGCAUCUCGAGGGUGAGCAACGUAUGUUCCUAUGUCGUAUGAAUGUUAGUCGCAAUGCCAGACGCCAAAUGCGAUUUGGCGACCAAAAGGUGGUUUUAGUUCAGGGCCAUUAUUUGUCUUUCCUGCCACUCUGCAGUCGCAAUGAGCCUGUCUUUUUGGCCACAUGCACACCUAUUGCCAUGCCAGAGACGCGAGAAUGUGUCGUUCAGGGAGCCACCAAUGUCUUCACCACCAUCCACUCUAUGGACAUGAAAAUUGUUCUCAUAGACAAGAAUGGUGAAUUCCAUUUAGGAUACAAUAGAUCGGAACUUCAGGGUAUAUCGUGGUAUCAUCUCCUUCACUGGGAUAGCACGAGAGAGGCACAGGCUAAGCAUAGACUAAUAACACAAUCUGAGCAAGAUCGCUCUGGAAUUCUUCUAGUGCAAAUGCAGAGACGAUCUGGAGACUUUAUAUGGGUUCAUUGUGUACUUCAAGUGCGCGAUGGACAAGAUUCUAAUCAGCAACCAGUCAUAGUUUGUACUAAUCAAGUUUUAAGCGAUCGUGAGGCUUCGGUGAUGCUGGCAAAUUCCUGGCUCUACCACUACUAUUCAGUUCAAUCGAAGAUUCAGUUUGGAUUGCCUUUCGAAGGACCGCCAAGGGUGCCUUCAACAACGCCAUACUACCAUCAUCCACCACCUACAAUUCAGCCCACCCUCACGCAUCACUCGUCACCACAUCAUGUGCCCUAUGGCUAUCAUUCGCCAAUUGGCGUUGGUCCCCAUCAAGGUUCACCUUCUAUCAUUAGCCAUCAUCACAAUGGUGCCCCACCGACUCAUCAUCAAACGCCCCCGGGACUACCGGGGGACUACUACAAGACCUACACCUACCACCGCUAUGAGAGUCAGCCUGUAGACUACAGCCAAGCCACCCCACCGGCUGAGAUCCGCUGCAGCAGUCGAGGUAGUGCCAGUCAUCGUUCAGGUACACCACCCAGUAAACGGAGAGCAAUUGGGCGCCUGGAACCACUAUAUAUUCCCGAUGAAGAAUCCCCCGAGAGUACAAUGAUGGAGCUUCAGGCUCAUGGAGGAGGUGUGGAGAAUGGGGUGAGUGGGCAGACAGUAAUUCUCAGUACUGUGGCCCCAAGACCUAGACUCUUUACGAAAGCUCCCCCUGUGGAUUCACCAGACUUCAUGGAGCAGUGGAAUCCCAGUCCGCCAUGGUCGGAGACGGCACAAAAAGUACCCGAUAUAGCCCAUCAGGAACUUAGUCCGUAUCUCACGACGACACCUCCAACACCCACGAGUGCCACAGCACCCCCACAUAGCCAUACCUUCAGCUUCGAUUGGGUGCCGGAGCAAUUUGUGCCAGUUGACUGUGGGAUUGCUGUCCCCGUACCUCUGGCUGUGCCACUGCAAAUUGCUCACUGGCCAGCUGAUCAUUCACACCUGAUGCCCAUGCAACCGCCUGAGCGUCGGGAAGAUGCUGACACAGGCACAGAUACCAGAAAACCUCGAAGAUCUACGUGAUGUUUCAUCAUCGUAAAAUAUUGGAAAAUAGUUUUCCGUCCAGUAAAAUGUGUCUUGUUGUAACAUAUCAACAGUCUUCCAAGGACUUAAAAAUUACGAAAAAAAAUAAGUUUAGAUAGCCUUUUUUAUAAAUAAAAAAAUGGAAACUGAUAAAACGGCUGGUUCGUGUGCAAUUAUCUAUUGCAAUAAUUUAUUUAUUACAUUCGCGUGUUAUUCUGUCGCUAAAAAGCAAAUGACUAUGUGCAAGAAAAAGUAGAAAAAAAAACAAUAAAAUUGUAUAUUUUGUACUGUUUUGUGGUUUCCAUGUUCCUAAAGACAUUUAAAUAAGUCUGCUUUAAAUAUAUUUUUUUGCAAAAGAAAAAAAAAACAUAAAAUAUAUGAAUGUUUGGCAAUAAGUUUUCUCAAGAAUAAUUUUUCUCUGCGGCAAUUCCACUUUAUUGUAAUAACGUGACAACAGUUAUCUUUAUAAUGAAAUUAUUUAUAGCAGUACUUGGAACAUGCUUUAUAUAAUGCAAAUUUUUGUACAUUGACAAUAAAAUAAUUUAUGAAAAAAACAAAAAAAAA